UACACGUCACGUUCGUCCAACCGUGCUGCUGCUGCUGUUCGACAAUUGUUUCAAUGGACACGAGUGACACCAGGGGACACGACUUCCAAACCUCUAAUUUUAUGCAUGUGGUGGCUUUACUGUAGUAGUAUAAUAGCGGGAUGUGUUCAUAUUUAGUUCUGGAUUGCAGUCUAUAUUUUAUAAUGCUGAGAAGCAUUGGACGGAAUAAUUACUUUAUCUGCAACUGAUCGUGUUAUACAAUCGCUUUCAAAAAAGCUGCUGUCUCCCGCGGAACUUUCAAGCAAUCAAGCUAUGCAAUUUUAUUUCCUUUGGAAGUGAAGUCAGUGUGAGUCAGUAAGCCGCCGAACCCAAUCAUCUGCUCUCUCGGUUUUUCCCUGUGCAGUAGUGAUACGUUGCCUGCAUAUUUCAGUUUGGCACCGUCUUAUAUUGCCGUUCUAACAUGGACGAGGACAAAGUGUUGCUUGAUUUCAAGGAUAUUGAGGCAAAGUUGGGUCGCAAAGUUCCUGAAAGUCUUAUUCGCUCGCUUGCCGGAGGAAAUGUCAGUCACGACAGUCUUAAGGACAGAAAUCCCGCAACACCGAAAAACAAGUCGAACUCCGCUGACUUGAAACGACUGGAGAGCAAGAUUUUAUUUUUGAAACAGGAAAUGGCACACCUCCGAGCCAUCGACGUCAAGCUGAUGCAGCAGCUAAUGUCCAUCAACGAGGGAAUCGAGUCAAUCCGCUGGGUGAUGGAGGACAAGGGCGGGAUAGCCAGUCGUGAAGGCAGCUUGACGGGCAGUCAAUACAGCCUAUCGGACAGCCAGGACGACACGUCCCCACGCGGCAGCUUCACCAGUCUACACGACGGAAACAGCGACGGAUUGGACGGGAUAUCUGUGGGCAGCUAUCUUGAUACUCUGGAUGAUCUAGCCGAGGACCUUCCAGACCAGUCUUCUCCGACGGACCUUGAUAUUUUCUCAGAGAAACCAGUCAUAGUGGACGAGACUUUCAGAAAGCCUGCCAUGCGGCUCAGAGUCGACUCUGAUGAGUACUACUGUUUUGGAUAGCUCUAAGAAGCUAAUAUCUACACAAAGACCAGAGGUUCUUUCUCUCCCUUUUGACCAGUGCUGUCAGUGAAACACCAUGGUAACUUAAAAGGCAUUUUUUUGAAUGACUUGGAACUUGUUGAAGUCGGAAUAGUUUAGAAAUGUGUUGUAAGCUUGUUCAUCAACCGGUGUGAAAUUUAAAUGUGUUCUGUCAACGAUCUGUGUUAUUAUCCUGCUGCUACUUGUUCUACAGUGAUGUCACGGUGACAUGUUAACUCGUUUUACAAAGAGCAAAUACUGACAGUUGUUCUGUUUUGUAUCUUAAAACCAAAAUUCCUUUUAGUCUUUUGAUGCAUUUACAUUCACUAAACCCUGGCCACUUGCCACCUCAACAAAUAUCUAAGGACAUGCUCUAAAAAGUAGCAUUAAUUGUUUACAUAAUUCUAAUCCCGAUUCCCUGUCAGUUGUCGUGACAGAGACACCUACCAAACUCAGUUUUCCACAAGAGUUAUUUGACUUUAUGACCAAAUGUAGUCUAUUUUGACACUUGAAUAACUGUUUUUGACUCAUUGGUGCUACAUAGGCUAUUUUUAAGCAGAGUUGUUUUUCUUCUCAGUUCAGUUCCUCUUUAAACAUAUUUAGGUACUUCGGUUAAAGGUGCAAAUUGUAAGUUAUCUGCCCCAAGUAGAUCUUUUGCGUUGCUUGCGAUAUCUCUCCAGGAUCACGGGAGCUCCUUUUUUGAACUUGUGAAUGACACCUUUUCAUAGUAUUUUAGCCUUUUUUUAAUUAUUUUUUUUACUUUAUGCAGUCAUGCUGAGACGUUCAUUUACAUUUUAACAAUUUGCACAGACAAUUUAAUGAAAACCUACUUGAAGAACAGUGCAGCAAAUCCACAAACAUAAUUAUUUCAACAUUAAUAUAAUGUAACUCUGUUUGUCAAAAUAAUUGCAUGGUUUGUUGAACUUGGAAAUGAACGGUAUUACAGGGGCAUUUGUUCAUCACUAUUUAUAUUAAGUGCACUCUGACUGUCCUUUUAAAGCAGUGGCUCCCAACCUUUUUCAGUUACUAUACCCCCAAAAAGAAUUUGCACUGCUUGGAGUACCCCUGAAGUACCCCCUCAUGUUAAUUUCACUAUUAAGCCUAUGGUGUCAUGUGUUUUCAAGUACUCCCAGUGAAGAGGCCAAGUACCCCCAGGUGUCCUAGUACCCCUGGUUGGGAACCACUGCUUUAAAGGGUUUGAUACCUCACCUGGUCCAUGGGCCAGGCCCCCAAAACAGCCUGCCUUGAUCACUUGGACUGACAAUGUCUCUGAGAUUUCCAGUCGAGGUGUGUCCUUAGAGUUGGGAAAUGCACGAUAGCAGUGCAGCAGUAGUAUCUUCUGGUGGUUUUGUUAUUGCUCUUUUUUUUUCCCAAUAGGGAUUUUACCAUAUGACAAUGCCAGUAGAAAAAGUUAUUGCUCAGUCACACCUUUCAAUCGUGUAUCCUUGAAAGAAUUUGAUUCACAGCCAUCCAUAUACAGUACCACUCCAAAGUUUGGACACAAUUACCCAUUUCAGUGAAUGGGUAAGAGUGUACACAAACCUUUGACUGGUACUGUGUGUGUGUGUGUGUGUGUGUGUGUAUUUAUGUAUGUGUUUCUAGAGUAGUUCACUACAGAUCAAAGUAGUCUGUACAAAAGAAAGGAAGCACUAAUAUUUUAAACUGACACGUAUUUCUCAAAGGUCAUGAAACCAUAUUUUAAAUGAUAAUAUAACCAACCCUUGCUUAAAAAUGCCCAUAUUGUGUCAUUGCCAUUAUAAUGUUAGAAGCCUAGCAAUAUCAUCAUUUGUAAUGUGGCUGCUAUGUUUUUGGAUUGUAACUUUGGUGAUUGGGCCCACACAGACCUAAAACAUACAGCCCUAUCAAAUGUUACCCUAUAAUAUGGCUGAUUGAAAGCACUAGCUACCUAUUUAAACAAGGUUGGUUAGAUUACAUAUAAUUUCAAAAGGUACCGUAAUUACACUAUGUCUCAGAACUCCUUGUCAUAGUGUAAAUAGGGUUUCCUAAAGCCGUUUAAAAUGAUGACUUUACGGAAACCGACCUUCAAAACAAUCACAGAGGCAUCUUCAGCCCAAGUUGACGCAACAACCCCUUUGGUUCAUGGUCUUGGUAACUUUUUCAUUCAGAUAACUUCAUUCAGAUUUUGAAAUCUGAACUAAAGUAAUGAAAUAGAUAAGGGGACAUUUGGAGUGUUAGUGGCUCCAUGCUGAGAUAUCGGCAGGACGGGUUUAGAGGGGAGAAAGCAGAUAAGUGCCGCCAUGCAAAAAUCCUUUCCGUCGCUGUCCUGGGAUCUGUACAAAAUAUUGAAGCGCAUAGUUAUCACAACAGCUAUCACAAUUAAAAAUGCUUGAUCAUUGUUUGCUUUCAUAUUAAACAUUGGGCACAUGUUCUUCUUGCUGGCUGUUAACAUUUCCAUGCGAAGGUCAACAAUGUCAUGAUUUUACCAUUAAGAGAUUAAAGCAAUGUUUAAAUUCACAACACUUGAUUAAUUUAAUUGCUGGAUAGUAUUUGUUGAUCACACUGAUUACUUCAUUUGAACUGUUUAAAUAGUUAAUGACUGGUAACUGACAACGUUAUAUCAUUUGUAUAUGUACAAAGAUGAUUCUUAAAUUUCUCUUUUGUGUUGACUCGUGUUAUCUUUGAGUGUUGUGCUUUCCUGUUGCUUUCUUUUUACCUUGUAAUUUAUUGUUUUUACUGGUGUUGUUGAAAGGUUUGA